GCACGCGUGAGAAAGAAGGGAAGUACGCGUCAGACAGAAGGGAACAGUACGCGUCCACGCCCGAAUAGAACGCACGCACGGUCAUCCUCGCUGUGCAGUAUAGACCCAUCGCUCGUUUUCACAUUUUGGUAUAGACUUGACCCCCCUGCAAGAACAGCAGCAAUUGGGUCGCUCGCUGCAUGGAUUCAUAUGCUGAUACAUGAAAUGAAUGAAGAUUCGAGACUACCCAAAGAAGAUGCUGCCCAAGAAUAAACGUCCCGUUUCAACAGAGCGCGCGAGGAACAGGGGUGAGGAGGAGGACGAACAGCAGCAACGGUGGCGGGAAAGGCAGGACCUUAAGAUGAGUGAGGAAGUGCCGCACGAUAACUUUCACAAUGUGAUAUGAUGUGCUGCCAUUAUCAUGUGUGCGUGCCAUCAUUGAUGGAACACGCGACUGUUGGAGAAGCCUCUUCCCAAACAACAAGUCAACAUGAUCUGCCUCUUCCGAGUACGCAUUCUGCGGCCUGAUGAUUUGACAUGCAACACACGUGGAUAUAUGCCUGUUUAAUGUCAUUCAACGGGUCAAUCAGGCAGAUUGAUCAAUCAAUAUUUACAAGCCUUGUUGGCCAAUGAUUCUAUCAAUCCGUCGAUCAGUCAAUCUUGUGGACGAGGCGUUAAUUAUGGGUUGAUAACGAAGCAGAGGGUGAGCAACCUGUGAGUCGGGUGGUAUGGGUUUCAUGCUGAGCUCUGCAAAUUUUGUCUGAUCAGUGGUGAAUGGUGUAGCGGUUUCCAUGAUUUCCAAGUCAAAAAGACCCCUUUUCUAGUUGAGGUGCUCUUCUUCUCCCCCUCUCAAUCCCACCGCUGCACUUCUGCCGGUCUAACGGACUCGCCUGUCGUUGCUAUCCCUCACAUUCCUUCCCCGUUGACACCGCCUCCCCCCCCCCUGCCCUUGCCCCCUAGUUCGUUAGCCAGCAGGAUUCGAGUUUGCCUGCAUUCCUUGAGCACAUUGCAGUCCUCCCAACUUGGGCCCGGAUCUCCUGCCAGCAACUGUGGGAUGCCUGAGUACAUACUUAUCUCAGACUUGUACAGCUUCUCUCGUAACAAUUGCACAGACUUGUCUUUCUGAUUCAGCAAACGUCGGCAGACAAGAUGGGUUCUCCAAUGAUCCAGCGAUCUGCACUUGGCCGUGAGGCAGAGCUGGGUGCGCUAUACGAUGUCCGCAAAGAAUGUUUUGUUGACGGCAACCUUUUUGGAGAAGCAGGUGUCAAUCGGAGCUUCGUCAAGGGUGCAAAUGCAUGGCAGAAACAACUGUUCCUUUCGUGUGAGGAAUCCUAUUCUGGCAGACUUGAAAAGCUCCGUGUCGAGCCGGACCUCCAGGCGAGCGUGCUUUCAGGGCUUGCCAGGUUGCCUGCUGAGUAUUCGGAGUUCCUGCUGGCAGAGAAACCUAGCUUGAUGACGGGAAUCUACCAGCUGCGAUCAAGCAAACAAUGGAUUGACAUGGAAAGGUACAGCAGGAAAGUGAGAAAACUUGUGUCACCUGAGGUCCUGAAAUCUACCAUUGGUACCCAUUUUGUGAGUGGGAUCCUGUGGGGAGCAAACACGUUUGUGUCAGUGUUAAAUGUGGAGUGUGGCUCAGGCGUCGGUGAUGAGGCGGCGGCCAAGGCAAUGGACACGUGGAUUCGAGGUCAGAUGGAGCUGGAGCUACACGAAGCAGUCAGCUCAGAGAGUGGAGGAGAUGAUAUCAGUGGGGAGGGCAAUUAUGAGGAAGCAGACAGUGAUGGAACUCUCCCGCGUUUGACAUUGCAGGUGUAUGGCGAUGUCUUCCCUCUUGAUGGGGAUGGAUAUAGCGUAUCCUCUCGCGGCAACAGCAGCCUCGGACAGGCUAAGGUGCUUAUCAAGAGGGUGCAACACCUCGUCAGGACCAGCAAAAGUGGUCAUGGCAAACCACUCCUCUACCUGCUCAUGCCCCUUGCUGAGACGGCCCAACAGGUUCUAGGCGCUGCAGGUGUUCCACAAUCAAUAUCUUUUAUGCAAAUGGGGCCCGAGUGGGUCGAAAAACUGACUGCCUUUUUUGACACCAUGCUGAGUGCCAAGCAGGCUUUUGCCAAGUUUGCUGAGAAGGUGGCUGCCUCGUCUGAUUCUGAAGUUGUUGGAGCCGUUCAAGAUCGCAUGAAACUAAUGGAUAUAGCAGACAGAGCCAUCCAAUACCGAGUAAGCAAGACACUGGCUGCAGUUCGGUCAGGUAGGGUCGACACACGCUUCCUGCAGGCGUUAUUGGAAGAACUCCGUGCCAAAGGGGAUAUAGCUCCUGAGACGGUUGAGGCGUUCAUCCAGCGGUACUCUUGGGCAUUGCCUACAGGACUGAGGGAGGAGGAUCACAACAAGUUGGAGGGACAGAAGAAGCAGGAGGAGGAGAAGGUGAAUCAGAGGGAGGAGCAAAAGGGGGAGAAGGCAGGGGAGAAACAGGGAGAAAAGGGGGAGGAGGAGGAGGAGAAGGCGGAGGAGAAGGCAGAGGAGAAGGUGGAGGAGAAGGUGAACCAGGAAUCCAAGGAGGGAGAGACGGGGGUGAUGGAUGAGCGAGCAAUCGAUGGAGGUGAUAUAAAGAGGUUGUGGAUCAAAGAUAUGAUGGAUCGAGGUGUUCACUAUGUUCGGGUCGGAGAAGAUGAGCAGGCAACUCUCAGGCUGAGGGCAGAACUGCGAAAUGUGGACUCGUGCUAUUUGAUGGUGUUCGCUGCUGCUGAAUGGGCAAGCCAAGGAGAAACAUGGCAGAAGAACUUGGCUCUAUUUGAGAGGCUGAUGAAGGAGGAGCAGCAGCAGGCCGCACAGCAGCAGCAGCAGCAGCAGCUGAUGGCCCAACAGGUGUUCUAUAUGGUGGAAUAUCAGUCCCUUCCUCCUGGUAUACCAAUUGUGGUCAUCGAACGUUACAUGAGAGGAAGGCGAGUAUCUGCUGAUGUGCUCGCGGAAAACUCCUGGUUUGCCUCACACAACCUGGUUUCCGUCAUGGUUGGACACGAGACAGGCUGUCCCAUUCCCCACUUCAGCGUGCCAGUAAAGCUCCAGUGUCCUUGUUCACUCCAACCGGAUGGUUCGUGUAGUGCAGAUGUACGACAAUGGCAGUGCAUUGCUUGUCAGGGCGCUCUGAUUUAUGGUCGGGAUGACAUGUUUUACUGUCAGUGUGGUCGUGCUGAGGUUAACCAGUUUGUGUUUAAGUGCAGUGAUGAGGUGCAUGGCAAGGAAUUUGUAGCAUUCCGAGCGAAGGACAAUCUUCCAAGUAUGGUGAUGAGAAUGGCUGGAAAGUUGGAAGAGAUCAACAUUCUCCUCCUAGGUGAGAGCGGUGUGGGGAAGUCGACUUUCAUUAAUGCAUUUGCCAAUUAUCUGACAUAUGAUCAUCUGGCGGAGGCAGAGAAGAAUGAUCUCAUAAUCCUGAUCCCAACCUCCUUCACGCUCAUUGAUGAGAACUACGAAGAACGGACUGUGAGUGUUAAGCCAGAGUACCACAACUUGAAAGGGGUGGAUGUUGGCAACGAUAACCAGAAUUCCAACGAAUCGGAGGAAGUUGGUGCCUCUGCAACACAGGCCUGCAAGGCAUAUGUGUUUCCGUUCGCCGACAAGAUUGUGCGGCUUAUAGACACUCCAGGAAUCGGUGAUACUAGGGGAGUGGAUCAGGACAAGAAGAACUUUGAGAACAUACUUGCGUUUCUCGGAUUUCACCGUGAAAUUCACGGGAUCUGCAUCUUGCUGAAGCCGAACAAUGCCCGCCUGUCCGUUUUCUUCCGUUACUGCAUACAGCAAUUGAUGUUCCACCUGCACAAGAAUGCGAGUGCGAACAUAACUUUUGUGUUCACGAAUGCGCGCUCGACGUUCUACAGGCCCGGGGACACUCUCCCUGCACUCAAGAGGAUGCUCAACCAGAUCAAGGUAGAGCCUCCACACGUGGACAUUCCGUUCAACCAGAAGUCGACCUUCUGUCUGGACAAUGAGUCGUUCCGGUUUAUGGUUGCGUUGCGAAACGGGAUCAAGUUCUCAGAAGAAGACAGGCAAAACUUCAAGGCCAGCUGGGACACAUCAGUGAAUGAGUGCAAGAGAUUGCUGCAACAUGUGUCGUCGUGCAAACCACAUCAGGUGAGAGACACCAUCUCUGUCAACGAGGCCCGGAGACUGAUUGCACUCCUCUCGCAACCUAUCGGUGACAUAAUGCAGAUCAUCCAGGUGAACCUCUGCGAACUGGAAAAACAGAGACAUAAAUUUGAGUCCAGCGCCCAAGAAAUUGAAGAGUUGCAGAAAGAGCUAUACAUCCCGGUGACCAAGAUCGCGUAUGUGCAGCUACCUGCACCGCGGACUGUCUGUGCCUCGUCCAAGUGUCCGAAUGCAGUUAAGAACGACAAGAAAAAUGCCAAGCAGAAAGGCGACCAACAGCGGCCUGUGGAUGUGAUUGAGUCGACAGAUGGGAAACCUAGUUUUGUCUCCUACUCCAUCUGCUGUGAGCCUUGCUGGCUUGGGUCGAUGCAAUCCCACUCCUUCUGGCAAUAUGUGUCCCAGAAGGCCCCGGCAGGGCUGCGCUUUUGUUCCACCUUCCACAAAGUCUCUGGAAAUUGUAAGAGCUGUGGUUGCAACUGGAAGCACCAUGCCCACCAGUUCACGGAGGCGAAGCAGACGACCCACAAGAUUGUCGACACCACCGUCGAUGGGAAGAUCAAGACUAAAGAGGAGGCUAGGGCACUUCUUAAGGAACACGUGCAGAAGCUCAGGCUCCGUAUUAAAGAGCUUGAGGAAGAGCAGCAAACUAUCAACAGGAUUGUUGCAUCUUUUGCACAUUUCUGCGUGGAGAAUGCCAUCAGCCCAUACAAUGACGCAUACAAGGACUACCUCGACUACCUAAUCAAGGUGAAAGAGUCACAGGGCAGCGGUGCCUCAACGAUUGUUGAGGGCCUGAGGAAGGCAAAAAAGGCCUAUGAACAACAGCUGAAGACUCUGGAAGAGGCAAUCAAGUCGGAUGUAGAAGAGGCAGGGAAAGUCAGCCCCAAUCAUGUGACUAGCAUGAUCAGCGAUCUCUACAAGCUCAAACACAAUGGUAGCAUGAUCAAGCAAACAGUCGAGGAGUCUAAAAAGGCUGUUGAUGCAUUACAUGUGACUUACAGCGAAGUGGUUUAUGUCAAGGGAAUGGCUUUAGUGCGGACAGAAAGCGAAGGACCGUCCACAGUCCAGGCACUCCAAGGGUGGAUGGAUCGGCGAUAACCAGGUCACGGACCAAUGGAGCACUUUCCAUAAGUACCUUGAGGAGCUACGGCCAUAGAGGACAGAGAAAAGCCAUAGAGGUGUGGAGCGUUCAUGGCAGGUUGUCAAUUGAACUCCGGAGUGUGCAACAAGUGGUGACAUCUCCACCCAUGCCUGCCGUGUGCUACUCGCGUAUGCUGAUGGAGGGACUAGGUAGGGCUGACCUGUCCGCCCUAUUUGUAUGACGAGUAAGCCAAGCAAGUGAUCGUUAUGCCUUUUGCCAAUGUCAACGAUGGUUGCGGCAGAUGGAGGGAUGAAACCGCAGAGACCGAAAGCAACCAUAGGACGGUAAGAGCUUCUUGACAUCAUGCUAGUAGGGUCAAAAUAAUGUUCAGUACAUUGCACAAUGACGGAAAGAGGAAGAUGCACUCAAACCACCAGAACCUUUCCCAGCUAUUUUGUUUCGACGUGGCUGUUAACGUGCCGCAUCCUUUGGGGUUUGGCCUACCAGAUCGGAAUGGCUGGCGGCUCCAGGCAAAAAACAAAAAAGGAAAAUAAGGGCCCGCACUGGUUUGUUUUGUUAUUGGCAAAGCGGUGGAAAUCUGCAUCAGGAAAAAGAGGCAUGAUGGUAGUGGUGGUGGUGUUUGGCCAUGGGGAGAGGUGAGGAUAGGGUCACAGAUAAGGAUGAUGAAUGAUAAGUUGGCAGUUUUAAGAGGGCGUGGCGCUCUAGUGCGUGCAUUAUCAUAAUAUAAUAUUAUGUCGGUGCAGUCCAGUGCAGAGAGGAAGGGACGAUUCUGAUGUCUUCAAGUCGCAAACACAAGAUGGCAAAGAUUUUAGGAGGGAUAUCACCUUGGCGAGGUAGGCCAUUUCGCAUAAUAACUCAGGUUUUGUUGUUGCAGUAUUUAUUGCGCGUGAUCAUUUAUCUGAGAUUCUCAACUAGAGAUGACUUCCGGAUGAGGUGGGAGUUUCUCCCUCGUAACGUUGCAAUUUCCCCAUUCAUUGUGGAUAAGCUAGGAGUUUCCAACAGUGGCUAGGUAGAGACUCUCACACUUUCUUUCUGUGUCUUCACUAUGCAGGGACUUAUUUUGUUGCAAAUUGAUUGUACAUGAGACUUAGCGAUGUUAUUAUACGUGUUGUAGUCGCUGUGUUCAUUCCACACCACAAACUCACAGCUCCUGGGACUUCUGCUCUCCUUGCUGCUGACCAGACAGCUGGCGGCCAGCUGUUAUACGUGUUGUAGUCGCUCUGUUCGUUCAACACCACAAACUCACAGCUCCUGGGACUCCUGCUCUCCUCGCAGCUGACCAGACAGCUGGCGGCCAGCUGGCAGGAAAACAGGUACAUUAUUAUACUAUUAUAUACAUGCAUUGCCAGAUGGGCGUUUCGAUGAUGCCAUAGCAUGAACGUCAUGGUGCUGUCAGAGAGCAGCAGCUAUGGCAAGCACGAGGAUGGGUUGGGAACUUGGGAGUCGUUAUGAUAGGACCCCCUUGAGCGUCCUGAGCAACUGUUCGAGCCUUGUGAAGGACAAUGAAAUCAUCGCCGCAUCGUACUAGGAUAACUUGGGCAAUAUCUUACUAGGGUAACUCGGCCUUCUGCCAACGGUUUCAGAGCCCACUACCAUUUCUGAGCAUUGUACAUGAAGUUGCUUGCAUUGUAGGUGCACAGUGCAAGGUGCAACCCUAUGGUUCAUUGCUCAAGUUGAUGAAUGAUGUAGUUAUUGAAUCCCUCUGAUCGAGUUUGUGUGGUUGUUGGAUUGCCAUUUGAAGAACGAAUGCUCGUUGCCUGUGCCUGAGCUUCUUCACACUUUGUCACUUUUUGCUAAACUCCAUUGGAGCUCUUUUCGGAAACCGUCUUGCAUUGUGACUUUGUUCUUUUUGCUGUGUUUUCGGGGCUUACUCACAUUUGGAGAGAAUUUUGGACUAUUCGGACUGACGUCUGGACCUGAUGGGUGUCAGAUGCAUCCUGCAGGGUUGCAACGCGAUUGUGGUCAGAUACAUCCUGGAGAGUUUGAGUGUGGUGUGAGUAUGAGCUAAUGCGUUUCCCUCUGAUACCAUCUGGCCCCUUUUGCUUUCAAGUUUUCGCUCAUGCUCAGCAGUGUCGGCGGGGAGCCCCUCUGUGACAUGAUUGUCUCUUAUCUGUUGAGCGGUGAGGGUUAGUUUCGUUCCAAGUUUGCUCAUCUAUCAUAGUUUUGCGCUUGGCUGAGAUUACAGUUUUCUGUGUUGCUGUUGUGUGCGAGAGGAUUUGACUAUUCAUGAAUGUCUUGUGUCUUUUCUGUUUUCCCUUUCUUGAGGGUUUGCUGAACCUUCUUGUUAGCCAGAAAUGUGGACUCCUCGAUAAUGAAUGCAUGCAUUAUUG